AUGGUUGGUGUGCCUGGCAGAUCAAAGGCCUGCAAGACCUGCCGAAGCCGAAGAGUCAAAUGCGACUUGCAACGGCCCAGUUGUGGCCAAUGCCUGAGACGGCAAGUGGCAUGCGGCGGAUACGAGCGGCAGCUCAUAUUCGUCAAUAACACUUCACAAGAAGUCCCGACCUCUACGUUCAGGCUUGGGAACAAGGCAUAUUCAUCUGCGGACCGUGGAAGUGAAAGAACCCUGACCAGACCGCCUCCGUCGCCGCAAACUAUUCAUCAGCAUGCAUUCGUUUCUAGGGCUUCCGAGGAACGCAUGGUCGGUUGGUUCUGGACCACUUAUCUUCCAAGCGGCCGAUCCGCUUCCAGUGAAUCGGCACCAUUUUCUUUAUACGGCUGGAGCACUGUGAUUCAAGACCUGUACGACAGAAAUAAAAUGGUCCGGGCAGGAGUCUUAGCAAGCGUAUUGGGGAGGAUGGCUGUGGUGGAAAAUAACCCAACGAUCCGCCGAAAAAGCCAUGAGCUAUAUGGAUGGACAUUGCUUUCUUUGGCGAGGAUUCUUCAAGAGCCUUCCAAGCAUCCGUGUUAUCUAAUUCUCUCGGCUCUGAAAUUGUUGGGAUUUUAUGAGCUCAUGUCACCAUCGGAUGAGACUAAUCACCCAAACACGUUCAAAUCGUGGAGCUCGCACGUCACCGGCAAUGCUGCGUUCAUCCUACUGAGAGACCCGAGUGCCUUUAUCGAAGGGCAUGCCCAUAGCCUCUUUGCCGACAGCCGCUAUGGCCAGGCUAUUGUUGGCAUUAAGCUUCGGAAGCCGUCACCAUUAGCCAAGCCAGAGUGGAAAACGAUCCCAUGGAAAACAAUUCAGAAGACGCCCAGGGAUCGCCUGCUCGACAUUAUGCUUGAACUCGGGGGAAUUUAUGCAGAGGUGGACUCCAUCAACGCUUGCAGAGACCAAAAUGCCCAGCAAGGUCGCCGAAGACAGCUGAGAGCAAGAUGCUGGUCACUUUCAAAUGAUCUUCAAAGCUGGGAAGCGGUGUCUGGCCGAGCCACGGUUGAAUUCGCGGAAAGCGUGUUGGAUGCGGGAAAUCAAGCGCACAGCGAUCCCUUAACGCCGGAGAAUCUUUCAAAGGGGAUUCUCAUUUUGAUAUACUGGGCUAUCUGCAUCAUGUUAUACGAUGUUCUCAAAAGUGACGCAGACCUCGAUACCUCUCUCUCGCAAGCCCCGAACGUAUGGCCCCGUUUUGCCGAACCAUUGAUUUACUGUCACAAAGUGGCGACUUUAUUGCCUUGUUUCUUGACUCCAGGUACAAGCACCAGCUACCUGAUCUCACAUUCGGCGGGCACUGCUCUAGAAUAUCAGCGUAUGAUCGACAAGGGCACCAUGUCCAAGGAGCAGAUCGCCUUGAUGCAGGCUUUCCCGGGCAGUGAAGGGAAGACUGCAAUGGCGUUUAUGAGCGAUCUCUUCAAACAUUCCACGUCAUAUUCAUCUUCGGAUCGAAAAAGAUCCACCUGA